CAUCCGAAGAAAAGCCACAGCUUGGCCAGCACUUGCAUCCCACAGUCAGGUCUGCGGCUGAGCUUUACACCAACCCUACUGUAGGUGAGACGGGUGCUGAUCAGCCCUUUUACUACAGCUAACUGAUCUCCUGCUUCACAAACGGUCCUAGCCUAAGUUAAUUUGACUUUUAAAUCUAGAAAUAUAAAUUUCUGUCUGAGCCUUUAUUUUUCUUACUAGAGCUGAAGUCUGCGGUGGCCUAGUCCAAGUCCAAGUUUUGUGGUGGAAUAUUAACUUUAAUUCGGCUUCAAGAGGGUAGCUUCCACAUGAUCGAGGUUUUACAGCCGUAGCCUCAGAGAGCAGAGUGGGACGGACUUGGAGACCAGUCAGGAGCUCCCGAUGCGCCAGUAAACAUCCAAAAUCUCACCAGCAAAGAAAACAAAAUGACCAAGAAACUAUGUGGGACCAAUUACCCAGCCAGCAUCUGCUUCAUUGUGGUGAACGAGUUCUGCGAACGCUUCUCCUACUAUGGCAUGAAAGCGGUGCUCACGCUCUACUUCCUCACCUACCUUCGCUGGGACAAGGACCUCUCCACCGCUGUCUACCACGCCUUCAGCAGCCUCUGCUACUUCACACCUAUACUGGGAGCUCUUAUUGCUGACUCAUGGCUCGGAAAAUUUAAGACCAUCAUCUACCUGUCCAUUGUCUACGUGAUCGGCCAUGUGGUCAAGUCGGUUGGAGCCAUUCCCACUGUGGGAAACAGCAGCAUGCACAUUGCUCUAUCCAUGGUAGGUCUAAUACUCAUAGCCUUCGGCACCGGAGGAAUCAAACCCUGCGUGGCGGCAUUUGGCGGAGAUCAGUUUGACGAGGAGCAUGGCAGCGAGAGGCAGAAAUUCUUCUCCAUUUUCUACAUGUCAAUCAAUGCUGGGAGCCUCUUGUCGACUGUGAUUACACCCAUACUGAGAGGGGAUGUGCAGUGUUUUGGUAGUGACUGCUAUGCUCUGGCCUUCGGGGUUCCUGCAGUUCUGAUGAUUGUGGCUUUAGUUGUUUUCACUGCUGGCAGCGUGCUGUACAAGAGGAAUCCUCCCCAGGGAAACAUCCUGUUGGAAGUCUGCAAUUGCAUUGGGUUUGCCAUCAAAAACCGCUGGGGGAGAUGGAAGUAUGACCCUCAGAGGAAACACUGGUUGGACUGGGCUGAGGAGAAUUACUCGAAGCGUCUGAUCGAGGAGAUUAAGAUGGUGCUGCGUGUUUUGGUGCUCUACAUCCCGCUGCCAAUGUUCUGGGCUCUGUUUGAUCAGCAGGGUUCCCGCUGGACACUUCAAGCCACAAGGAUGAACAUGGCUUUUGGAGAUGUCUUCGUCAUUAAACCUGACCAAAUGCAGAUGUUGAACGCCCUGCUGAUUCUUCUCUUUGUGCCCAUCUUUGACCUCAUCAUAUAUCCGCUCGUUGGAUUUUGCAGAAUCAACGUCACGCCUCUGAGGAAAAUGGCCACAGGGAUGAUUUUUGCAGCGCUGGCCUUCGGAGCAGCCACACUGGUAGAGGUUAACGUUGUGAAAACAGUGGUGGAUCCUGCACCUGCUGGGAGUUGUCUCCUGCAGGUCUUGAACCUGGCAGAAGCUGAUGUGAGUCUGAAGAUCCCCGGCAGCGACCUGUUUCCAGAGCCAAUCCAAUACCUUCAGGAUCCUCCAAAAUAUGAGACACUUUCACUGGAGGCAUCUGGCGAGGAGCUGAAGAUUCAAGUCACCUUCAAUGGAAAAACCUCCGAGUGUAACCACAUGCUUGAUGAACAGAAGGCCUACAGCCUCAUCUUGUACUCAGACACAACUAGUGGAAUCCAGUGCAAACAUGUGGAUGACCACAUCAUAAAAAAUGAAGAUGGGAAUCCUCUCCUGAGGUUCCUCAACACACUGCCAGAGGCAAUAAACCUAACUGUUGGACAAGUAAUGUUCCAGUUGCCCUCGAGUUACAGCAUGUCUCCUAACAAGACUGUGGAUCGGGGAGAAUACCCACAUGUCAGCUGCAGCUUACAGUCAGACCAGUGCUCUGAUCUGGACCUGGGCCUGCUGGACUUUGGAGCUUCCUACACUGUCGUACUCAUGGAGGAAUCGGGUAAGAUUGUGGCUCACAAGAUGGAGGAUGUAAGCGCCAACGACAUGCACAUUGCCUGGCAGAUUCCCCAGUACGUCCUCAUAACUAUUGGAGAGGUCAUGUUCUCCAUCACAGGCCUGGAGUUCUCCUACUCACAGGCUCCAGCCAACAUGAAGUCUGUCCUGCAGGCCGGCUGGCUGCUCACUGUUGCAUUUGGGAACGUGAUAGUGCUGAUUGUGGCGGAGGGGGCGGGACUAGAGCAGUGGAAAGAGUUCCUGCUGUUUGCUGUCCUACUGUUGGCUGUCUGCGUCAUCUUCUCCAUCAUGGCUUACUUCUACACCUACGUCGACCCUGAUCAGCUGGACAAGGUUUACCUGGAGGAUUCAGGGAAGGAGGGAAAUGACGACGAUAACAGGAAGAGAAAAACUGAAAACCUACACUUGAACAAAACGGGGAAGGGAACCAAAUUGUAACCAUACCACAUUAAAUACACCAUCUUCAUAGCUGUAGCGGAUUUAGCGCAAUAAAUAUUAACGAGUUAGCUGAAAGUAUUUCAAAUUCAAUUCCUGUUUUAUUUCUUCAUUUUAAGGUACUUUUUUGUGAUCAUUAACUAAGAUGCGAUCAUUGGACAUUUCUUGUGGUUAGAAGUUCAGUAUGUGUUUGUCACAUCCUUUAUUCUGUGUCUGUUUAUUCUGUCUAUUUGUCCUUUAUAUGUUAAACCUUUCUUAAAACUUCAGUCACUGAACAAUGUUUAACCAGAGCACAGGGAAAUAUUUACUGGAUGAGAACGAAUACUCAAAAUAGUGUUUCAAAGAAGCAAAGUACAAUGUGAUUUUUUUCCAUACAUGAUCAAUAUUAUUAGAAAUGAAUGUUAAAUAUAAUAUGCUGUAUAUUUUCUAUGAAUAUGUUGAAAUUGGUACAGUUUGCACUGUGUGCCUUUAACGAUAAUACUAAAAGGACCAUAGCCCCUGGUGGUUUUGCAUGUUACAAAUUCAGUUGCUGUAAUUAUCGUUAAGGGUGACCAAGUUUAUUAUACUGAGCAUUUGUAGCCUUAUUUGUUGUAUCGUUAUGAAAACUCUGCAUGUUAAGUCGGUAUCCUGAGAUUUCGGAGCUGGCCGCAAUCAUUCUGUGCAGGAAACAAAUCAAAUUCACAGUUGGGUUUAAUUUUUUUUUUUUAAACAAAUGUCAUUGCCAAAUGUCAGAUGUGACAGCAACAUCAAUGAAAUCCGUAGCUACGGCCCCUAAUAGAACAAAACUUGACACAGGCAAGAAAGUUCACUGAGUGAAUGUCUCUUAGAGUCUGCCAAGUGAACUGAAUUACUGGCAGCAGGUGGAGAAAAAUAAUCCAACACCUUCAAGAAAGAGUCCGCAAUAUUGUACAUGUGAUCAGUGGUUUGUUCUAAAACAUGUAAAACCAACAGUAUGGUCCUUUUUUUAAAGUCAUAUCACACUUGAUUGAAUUUGUUUUUAUUCAGGCAAAGUGUAAAUUAUGCUGCUCCCUAUAAAAGGUCUGUAAAUAGA